AUGGAUGUGUUCUUCGAAACUCAGUGUGGUAAAAAGUUCUGCAUUGAAUUGGGUUACUGGGACACAGUGUCGGAGAUCAAAAAGAAGAUUGAGAAGUAUCAACGUAUCCCAGUUCUGAUACAAACCCUUGUCUUCCAAGGCAACGUUCUUCAAGACCAUCUUUAUAUCGGAAAAUGCAAGAUUCUCCACAACUCUCGAGUUAAACUCUUCGUCUCUCCUUACCCUUAUAACCCCAACGAUCCAGUUCUUCAAUCGGAGCAAUCUCCAAUACUGUCAAACCCAAUCGGUGAUCUCAUCUACGGUGAGGAUUUGCCUUUGACAACCGAAGCUGUCUUGAAUAUUCGACUUUUCUUCCCUGUGAAAACCGAUGAAAUAUACGUUCAAGAUUCGCCGGUGAGCAACAACGAUCAAUCUCCACCGUCAGACGCAGCGAAACAGAUCAUCAUCAACGGUCAUCAAGAUUCGACUGUGACGGUUCAUCAAGAACUUCAAACCGAGCAAUCUCCACCGUCAUACUCAGUUAAACUGAAGAUUAUCAUUCAAUAUUCGCCUGUGAAGGUGAGGCCAGUCUCUAGCAACAUUGCAUGUCCAUACAUAGGAAAAAAAAAACGUUACUGUAUUGAAGGUUUAGCUCUCAGUAGUCUCAUAUGA